AUGACUGACGUAAAGCUGGAUGACAAGGGGUUGGUGCCGGCCAUAGCGCAGGACAUCAACACCGGCCAGGUUUUGAUGCUGGGAUACAUGAACCCCGGCUCGCUCAAGCGUACCGUCGAGGGCACGCAGGUGUGGUUCUACAGCCGUAGCCAGGAAGAUCUGUGGCACAAGGGCGAGGUGUCCGGCAACUACCUGAACCUGCGGGAGUGGUACGUGGACUGCGACGCCGACACGAUUCUGCUGAAGGUGGAACCUGACGGUCCGGCCUGCCACACCGACCAAAUGGACGACUUGCCCGCCGAAUACGAAGCUUCUGACGGCGGGCCGCGCGUGCUCGACGAGCUGUUUGCCGUCAUCAAGGACCGACAGCGGGCGAUGCCGGAUGACAGUCACACGGCAAAGUUGCUGAGCGAGGGAACCAGCCGCGUCGCGCAGAAAGUCAUCGAAGAGGCGGGCGAGGCUGCCCUGGCGGCGGCUACCGGCGAUACCGAGGGCCUGCCCGGUGAAAUCGCCGACCUGCUGUAUCACACGCUGACUCUGAUGGCGUCGGCGGGAGUUUCGCCCAACGCGGUUUGGGAAGAAUUGCGGUCCCGGCGCGGCUAG